GGCCUGGCCCAGCCCCGGGCCCGGCGGUACAAUAGGGUUGGGCCGCGGAGGGGACCGGGCGGACACUGAGCGCGAUCGCCACCCGGGUCGAGUCGCAGGCCCUCGGCGAUCGACGGGACGAACCGAUCCCCUGCAAUUCCGAUCUUUCCCAGAGCGACCCCUCCAAACCCCCAAGCCCCCCAUCCCGCCUCUGAGUCGUUUGCCCGCCGGGCCGGGCCGGGCGGGAUGCGCCUCGGGACCCGGGUCCUGGCCGCUGGCCGCCGCCGUCGCCGCCGCUGCUGCUGCUGAGACCCGACGCCACUCCACUCCACCCCACCCGACCCCCCAAGCCAGCCGCAGUGAUGGAGAGCGGCCCGCACGCCGGGCGGGGUGCCGGCGCAGCCCCAGCUCCGGCAGCCCGAACCCCUACAGAGCCAAGACCUUCUCCAGAAGGUGACCCUUCCCCACCACCUCCGCCACCUCCAAUGUCAGCCCUGGUGCCUGACACUCCACCAGACACCCCUCCUGCCAUGAAGAAUGCCACUAGCCCUGAGCGGCUCUCUCUAGAUCCAGAGAGGCCUCGCAGCCAGCAAGAGUCCCCUUUCUCAGAAGCGAAGGUCAGGGGGUCCACCCCGCCAGCCACAGGCCCAAGGGACGCCAGGCCAUCCCGCAGGAGCAGCCAACCAUCCCCAACAGCGGUGCCAGUCUCUGACAGCCCUCCUGCCAAGCAAGAUGUAAAGAAGGCAGGAGAGAGGCACAAGCUGGCCAAGGAGCGGCGAGAAGAACGGGCCAAGUAUCUGGCCGCCAAGAAGGCAGUGUGGCUGGAGAAGGAAGAGAAGGCCAAGGCAUUGCGUGAGAAACAGCUCCAGGAGCGCCGGAGACGGCUGGAGGAGCAGCGGCUGAAGGCUGAGCAGCGCCGCGCAGCCUUGGAGGAAAGGCAGCGACAAAAGCUGGAGAAAAACAAGGAGCGCUAUGAAGCAGCCAUCCAGAGGUCAGUGAAGAAGACAUGGGCAGAAAUUCGACAGCAGCGCUGGUCCUGGGCAGGCGCCCUGCACCACGGCUCCCCCGGACAUAAGACCAGUGGGAGCAGGUGCUCCGUGUCGGCAGUAAACCUGCCCAAACACGUGGACUCUAUAAUCAACAAGCGGCUCUCAAAGUCCUCUGCCACGCUCUGGAACUCCCCCAGUAGAAGUAAGAGAAGGCCCAGCCUUACUCCCCACCAGAGCUCAGGACGGACCCCAGAGCCCUCCCACGCCCCAGAUCGCAGCCUGCAGCUGAGUGCCUGGGAGAGUAGCAUCGUGGACCGUCUGAUGACGCCCACCCUCUCCUUCCUGGCCCGGAGUCGCAGUGCGGUCACACUGCCCCGCAACGGCCGCGACCAGGGUAGGGCCGGCGGCCCCGGGAGAGCCCCCAGCAGGGGCCGGGCAGGGGCCAGCCUCGCCCGUGGGCCGCCCCCCGACCGCACUCAUCCCUCCGCAGCCGUGCCCCUGUGCCCACGCUCGGCCUCUGCUAGCCCCCUGACGCCGCCCUGCAGCGCCCCCCGAAGCGGGCACCGCUGUGCCCCUCCUGGGGAGCGCGCGGAGCGCCGCAAGCCCAGUGCGGGCGGCAGCCCCGUUCUGGCCCGCAAGCGGCCCGAGGCUUCGCCGGGACAGAAAAAGGAGAAGAAGGACAAGGAACGGGAGAACGAGAAGGAGAAGAGUGCCCUGGCCCGGGAGCGCAACCUCAAGAAGCGACAGUCCCUGCCCGCCUCUCCCCGUCUCCGCCUCUCGGCCGGCAGCUCAGCCUCAGAGCUUAGUCCUAAAUCCAAGACCCGACCAUCCUCUCCCUCCACAUGGCACAGACCUGCCUCACCUUGCCCCAGCCCAGGGCCAGGCCAUGCUCUGCCCCCCAAGCCACCAUCCCCCCGAGGCACCACUGCAUCACCCAAAGGGCGCGUUCGGAAAAAGGAUGAGGCAAAGGAGAAUUCCAGUGCAGCUGGGCCUGACGACAAGAACCAGAGCAAGGGCAGGGCCGGUGAUGGGAAGGAGGCAGCAGCGGCCACCUCACCAGCACCCUCACCUGCGCCCUCUCCCAUCCCUGCUCCACCACAGAAGGAGCAACCCCCAGCAGAGAACUCUGCAGAUACUGCUGUCCGGACCUCAUCCCCAGCCCCACCUCCACCUCCCCCGGUGACCCCUAGCAAACCCAUGGCGGGCACUACGGACCGAGAAGAGGCCACCCGGCUCCUCGCUGAGAAGCGGCGCCAGGCUCGAGAGCAGCGGGAGCGUGAGGAACAGGAGCGGAAGCUGCAGGCCGAAAGGGACAAGCAAAUGCGAGAGGAACAACUGGCUCGGGAAGCUCAGGCCCGGGCCGAGCGCGAGGCCGAGGCCCGGAGGCGGGAAGAGCAGGAGGCCUGCGAGAAGGCUCAGGCUGAGCAGGAGGAGCAGGAGCGGCUGCAGAAGCAGAAAGAGGAGGCUGAAGCUCGGUCCAGAGAAGAAGCGGAGCGGCAGCGGCAGGAGCGGGAAAAGCACUUCCAGCGGGAGGAGCAGGAGCGGCAAGAGCGCAGAAAGCGCCUGGAGGAGAUCAUGAAGAGGACUCGGAAGUCUGAAGCUGCAGAAACCAAGCAGAAGCAGGAUGGAAAGGAGGUGAAAGCCAACACUUCGGGUCCAGACCCUGACAGAGCUGAGGACACCCAUUCCUCAGAGCUGCAGAAGGAGGCAGGGCAGAAAGAGGCACUGACUCCCCAGGAGCCUCAGUGGAGCCUGCCAAGCAAGGAGCCACCUGGGUCUUUGGUGAAUGGCCUGCAGCCUCUCCCCGCGCACCAAGAGAAUGGCUUCUCUAAGGGACCGUCUGGGGACAAGAGUCUGGGCCGCACACCAGACACGCUCCUGCCCUUCGCAGAGGCAGAAGCUUUCCUCAAGAAAGCCGUGGUGCAGCCCCCACAGGUCACAGAAGUUCUUUAAACGGUUGCCUUGGAUCUAGACACAGCACUGAGAGCUUCUCUGCAUCACCUACCAGGAGAUCUGAAGAAAAGGAAAUGGAACAAAGCCGGAAGUGGCCUGGGCACCCAGGAGGGUCCUCUUUGUUGUUUUUAAUCUGCACCUUAUAGACUGAUGUCUCUUUGGCAGGAGCCAAGUCCUGUCCUCAGUGCAUUUGUGUGCUCACACGUACGGACACCCCCAACCCCACACACACAUACACUCACAGCCUCUCGGUCUCCUCUCGUGGGAGAGGAGUAUUUGCCUCUGUAGUAUUUGCCUUGGUCUGGUGGGGUUUGGUGGAUGUGAAUACUGUAAAUAGCUUGUGCUCAGACUCCUCUGCCUGGAGGGGCGGGUGCAGGAGGUCAACCCUCCCAAGACUCCUGGGGAGCUCUUCCUCUCUAUUUAACUGUAACUGAGGGGGAGCCCAAGAACGGGCUGGGGGCACCCGGGGCCACAGGUUGCUUUAGGGGAACUUGUGCCUCCUGCCCUCACCUGGAAUCAGUGUUAUUGCAUCUGAUCAAAUGUCUCCAGAAAUAAAGAGAAAAAAUUC